UCUGUUGUUAUAGCAACCCCUUGUAGCUAAAAUAAUAUGUUUUGUCAAUAAAAACAUAAACAAUACCAACCAGUUUUGCUUUUGUCAACAUGAAUCCUUUUGAAAAUCCUGAAAAUAUCAAAUUAUUGAGGGAUUUACUGAGAGAUCCUGACAUCCCGUCAUCUGAUUCUGAGGAUGACGACGAGGGACCAGCAAGGAAUACGAACAACUUUUUUGGACCUGGGAAUAUUGGUCCAAAGUCAUCAAACCGAGCAAAGAAAAAUGAUCAAACCAAAUCAAAAAACUCUGAGCAGAAACCGCUUUUGGGAAGUCCUAAGCAGAGUCCAGAAAAAUCGAAGGAUGCUGCCUCCGACCUCGAUCGAUGGCUAGAACAGCAAGAACAGGAGGAUCGUGAACUUCUUGAGGAUCGAAAACGACCAGAAUACACGGUUAGAUAUAAACAGGCUGUCGGAACAGAGGAUGUGUAUCUACAGAUGGGCAACAGAACAGCAGCUUCUAUGAGCUGCGAGGAUAUGGUUAUCGAUGUUAAACUUCCUGAAGAGAAAGUUACCAUCGAGGCAAUGAGCUUGUCCGUCACUGAGGACGAAAUUGACUUGAAAACUCCAGUCUAUCGUCUGAAACUACCCCUUGCGCAGAAAAUUGAUCCAGAUAAGGGUAAAGCAAAGUUUGAUGCAGACACGAAGGUUUUAACUCUUACACUUCGUAUGAAAAGGGAGUUGGAUUUCGUCAAUUUUUAAAGAUACGCCUAAUUUCGUAGAUACUUGGCAUUUUAUUAUAAUUUUAACUUUAGAGUGGAUUUAACUAAUUCUAAAAUAAUAAUCAUUUAAUCGAAUGCACCGGAAGGAUUUAAAAUUUAUAACGAACUUAUUGUUGAAAUAACUUAUUAAGCCGAUUAAAUGUUAAUUCCUAGAAAUAGUGAAAAAAUCGGAUCAAUAAAUGAGUAAAAUAUAAAAAUUAUAAAAUUAACUAACAUUAAUAAAUGUUCUAAGAUCCAUCUUUAAUA